AUGACCAACUACGGAGACACCUGGUCCACGACCUACGAUACCUACGACACCACAGGAUCAGCCUACAACCCUGCGGGCUCAACCUAUAAUACCCUGGGUUCAACUUACAGCCCCACGGGCUACGGUACCUAUGGUGCGACCGACUAUGGCGCAGUGGGCUACGGUUCGAACGCAACCGCGACAACUUACGAUACCGACACCGGCCGCGGCACCACAACAUAUGACCCCCAGACGGGUGCUUACGACCAACAUCUUGAUUACAGUACCCCUACCGGCCGACGACACCACCGUGAGAGAGUCAAUUCGGCCGGCACCUAUCGACACCGCGACGUCGACCGCUUUGAUGACGGAUCCACUCGUGUCCAUAAGGAGUACGACAAUCCAAACACUGGUACCAGUUACCACCGCGACUAUGAGCGCUAA